AUGGGCUUUGGUCGUACUCCUAAUGUCGAGUCAUUCUCGGGUAGUCCACCCCUUUUUGGCAGCUUUCCUCUUGAUCACCAAGGCGAAUGUAAAGACUUUAUGAAGGAAUACGUAAAGUGCUUGAAAGAAAACAAAAACAAUAAUGGCAAAUGUCGACACCUGUCGCGUGCAUAUCUCCAAUGUCGUAUGGACAAGGGAUUAAUGGAUAAGAACAAUAUGGACAAUCUCGGAUUUGCCGAUCUCAAAGACAAGGACAAGAACAAUGACCCGAAUAAGAAAUAA